AUGAAAUUAAUAAUAAAAAAUUUAAUACUUUUAUUAGUAUCAUGUUUAUACUUUUUAAGUAAUGUAAGUUGUGAUCAAGAAGUUCAUAUGGCUUUACUCUUGGAAGGACAAGUUGAUGAUUUAGGUAUCAAUUAUGAAGUUAAUCAAGGUUUAGCAGAGACAGAAGCAUUAAUUCAAAGAGCGGCCAAAGUUAUUAAUGAUGCCAACUCAUAUGAUUCAACUUAUGAUAAUAUUAAAAGUUUAUUAGAUCAAGAUAAUCCAUACAAUUUAAUCAUCACAAGUUCAGAAAGUCAAAUGUCAGCAGCAUUAGACAUUGCCUCUGAUUAUGAAGAUACAUAUUUCUUAAUUUUUGGUGACAUGGGUGACAAAAAAGUGCCACAUAGUAAAGUUGGUACCUACUAUUUCAAUUUGGUUUCACCACAUUUCGUUUUGGGUUUCAUUGCAGGUGGUAUGGGUAAAAGCGUUGGUAUGGUUGUACCAGGUCCACCAACUGAGAAUUAUUUCACUGCAAAUGCUUUUUACGCCGGUAUGAAAUAUUAUACGUCACCAGCUGGUGCACCAAAUCCAUCUUUAUCAGUUGUAGCCACUUCAAGUUAUGAUGAUUAUGAUACUGCAACUGGUGCUGGUAGAAUUUUAUUAACCAAAGAUAUCGAUAUUUGUACUCAAAGUCAAACCGAUAUGACCGUUGCAAAUAUGUUUUUAAAUGCUUCAAAAUGGGCUUUUGGUACAAAUGGUUUCCCACAAUCAAACAUCUAUGGUAAUCGUAUCAUUCAAUCUGUUGUUCAUAAUUUUCAAGUGCCAUUCUAUGAAGCUGCAACUAUGGUAAUGAAAAAUACUUGGAAAAAUGGCUAUAAUUUCUUUGGUGAUUUUAAUAAUAAUUUCUUUUAUUUAGAUUAUUAUAGUUUUUUAGUUGAUCCAUUACUUAAAAAUCAAACUGAAGAUUUAAUUUCAACAAUUAAAGGUGGUGCUAAACCAUAUAUUACAAAUGGUUUAACUUAUGAAAAAAUAUUAGAACAAACUAAACUUUCAACAGGAAUUACUGAUUUAGGUUAUUAUGCAGUACCAACUACUGAAGUUUAUACAACUGGUAGUAUUAAUAAAACAUUUAUGGCAGUUUCAAUCUUAGAGAUGGCAAUUUGUUUAAUUAUUGGUAUAAUUGUAAUUUUCUUCUUUAGUAGAAAUAUUAAUAUCAUCUAUUCAACCAUUCCAUAUUGUUUAACCAUUUUAUUGGGAGCAUCUCUUAUUGCAGUGGCUAUUUUCCUUUGGAAUCUUCGUGAUUUAAAUACUCAAAUUUGUACAUCAAAGAUUUGGAUGGCAUCAUUGGGUUACAAUGUUUUAAUUGGUUUCAUUAUUAUCAAGAGUUCAUUGAUCUACUUUAAAUUCAAAGAGAUGGUUAAAUCAAAGAAUGAAAAGAUUAGUCCAAUUCCAUUUGGUCGUAUUGUUCUCUGGUUCGUUCCAUUGUUAAUUAUCGAUUGUGUUUUAUUGAUCAUCUAUAGUACUAGUGGUAAUCCAGGUAAAAUCGAUUCACUCGGUUUGGAUGGUAUUGGCAGAUAUGAAUACACUCAAAAUUGUGUAAACAAUUUAACCGGUGAUAUCAUCCUUUACAUUAUCUUGGUUUUCCAUGGUUUACAAUUACUCUAUGGUUGUGUUAUCGCUUGGAAGACUCGUGUCAUCGAUUUGGAAGAAUUCAUUGAAGCUCAUGAUUUCGCUACCGCCAUUUAUUUAAUCACUUUCUGUAGUUUCAUUAUCGUUAUUCUCAUGGUUGGUGUCACUUCAACUAGUAACAGAAAUACAAUUAUCUCUGCUUGUGCUAUCUUUUCUUCCUUCUCUUGUGUAUUAAUUAUUUUUGGUGCUAAAUUCUGGAAAAUUUAUAAACCAGUUGAAGAUGAUGGUCUUCCACAAAUUAAACUAAAGCCACAAAAAUCUUACAGUGGUUCUGGUGGUUCUGGUAACUCAAGUGGUUCAAAGUCAAAGAAAACCUCUGCUCACUCUAGCACAAGUGGUGUUAAAUCUGGUACUUCUGCUCCAACUCAAACUUCUCAAAGUGCUAUGGCCAGUAUUAAUAUUCAAAACUUUGUAAAUCCAAUUGAAGCAAGUUCAAGAGCUGCUGCACAAAAUGAUAAUUAA